CCGAGGAGCCCCGUCCCUCCCCGGACCGCUUUGGCCAAUCAGCUCCGCUCCUCCUGGGCGAUCCGGCUCUGCCCCUUCCUGGUCAGUCCUGCCCCAUCGUUUGUCUCCCGGCUCUCCUUUACUCUCGCGUGGUCCCGUGCUGUCGGUGUCGGGAGCGGGAAGCAUGGGCGACAGGUGGGAGCUGGGGGCCGCGGCGGGCGGUUCUCUGCUGCUGUGUGCCGCGCUGCUGGCGGCGGGUUGCGCCCUGGGCCUGCGCCUGGGCCGCGGGCGGGGGGCGGCGGACCGCUGGGCGCUGGUCUGGCUCUGCUACGACGCGCUGGUGCACUUCGUGCUGGAAGGCCCUUUUGUCUGCUUGUCUUUAGUAGGAAACGUUGCAAAUUCCGAUGGCUUGAUAGCUUCUUUAUGGAAGGAAUAUGGCAGAGCUGAUGCGAGAUGGCUUUAUUUCGAUCCAACCAUUGUGUCUGUGGAAAUUCUGACUGUCGCCCUGGAUGGGUCUCUGGCGUUGUUCCUCAUUUAUGCCAUAGUCAAAGAGAAACAUUACCGGCAUUUCCUGCAGAUCACCCUGUGCGUGUGUGAGCUGUACGGCUGUUGGAUGACCUUCCUCCCAGAGUGGCUCACCAGGAGCCCCAACCUCAACACCAGCAACUGGCUCUACUGUUGGGUUUACCUGUCUUUUUUUAAUGGUGUGUGGGUUCUGAUCCCAGGACUGCUACUUUGGCAGUCAUGGGUAGAACUCAACAAAAUGCAUCAGAAAGAAACCAGUUCAGUGAAAAAGUUUCAGUGAAUUUUCAAAACCAUAAACACUAUGCUCUGACUUUUUGAGCCAGAAUGAAUCAAAUGUUUUUGUUUGCCCAAAAUGUAAUACAUUCAGUCUACACUUUCUUUUUGUAUUUUUGCUCCUGAACAACCUGUUUUAAAUUGGUUUUAAGGCGACCCGUUUUCAUUGUGGUGGUGGUGUCCAAUUAAAUGGUGAGACGGGGAAAAGAGAACAAGUCAAACUUAUAAUAAUAACACACUUAAUUAUACAUUUUAUGUCUGGCAUUGUUCCACAAUAGUAAAACCAAUUGUCUUAGAAUACUCUAGUGUUACAUUAAUUUUUUAUUCCAAAGGACAUGUUCUUCCCUCAUCUUUUAAUCCUCUCACUAGACUUUUUUGGUUACCAGUGUGAAACCAGAAAUGAAUUGAAAAAUUCUGUUUUUAUAUUUA